AUGCCAGCCAGGCCAUGCCAGCCAGGCCAUGCCAGUCAGGCCAUGCCAGUCAGGCCAUGCCAGUCAGGCCAUGCCAGCCAGGCCAUGCCAGCCAGGCCAUGCCAGCCAGGCCAUGCCAGCCAGGCCAUGCCAGCCAGGCCAGGCAAUGUCAGGCCAGGAAAUGUCAAGCCAGGCCAGGCCAGGCUAUGCCAGGCCAUGCCAGGCCAGGCCAUGCCAUGCCAUGCCAGGCCAUGCCAUGCCAUGCCAGGCCAUGCCAUGCCAGGCCAGGCCAUGCCAGGCCAGGCCAGGCCAGGCCAUGCCAUGCCAGGCCAUGCCAUGCCAGGCCAGGCCAUGCCAUGCCAUGCCAUGCCAUGCCAGGCCAGGCCAGGCCAUGCCAGGCCAUGCCAUGCCAUGCCAGGCCAGGCCAGGCCAUGCCAUGCCAGGCCAGGCCAGGCCAGGCCAUGCCAUGCCAGGCCGCCAACAUUGGGCACGUUGGAGAUGUUUUCGUCUGCAUUCUAUUGGUGUUGA